GUGCUGCGUCUACCGAACCACCAGACCACAUGUCGAACACUCGGCGGGGCAUCCUCUCGCUCUUCGUCCACCUCUCCCUGCUCCGCGCCGCGCGGCCGCAAGGGCCGUCGCCGUCCCCCGCGCCCGCAGGCGAGUGCGCCGUCGCGCUGCAGAGCCUGUCGCGGUGCUCGACGUACGUGGAGGCGGGGAGCAACCUGAGCAGGCCGCAGAAAGGCUGCUGCCGCGCCGUCGCCGCCGUGGCGGGGGCCGAACCGGCCUGCCUCUGCGGGCUCAUCGACGACUACCGAGGCUUCGGGGUGCGGGUUGACACCACCAGGGCCCUCAUGCUCCCCUCCGCCUGCCGCGCCCCACCGCCGCCGGCGAGUCUAUGCGCAGUUCUCGGAAUGCCCGUUGCAACUGCUGUGCUGCCACCAUCGGAAAAACCAGGAACAGGAUGCUGUGCCUCGGGGGCACCGGCGGCGGCGCCACCGAUCAAGAACGGCGGUUGUAGAUUAACGACCAUGGUUUGGCGUGAUCCUCGUCAUGCCUUUUGUCUGGCGCUGCUGCUGCUGCUGUCAUACUCGUUCCCAAGCUUGUAGAAAAAAAUUGAUUGCAUCAUGGACUUGCAGACGCUGUGUUCUUGUGAACAAUCUGAAGAGAAAACAAGAUUUGUUUUUGAGAUUCCACGCACCGGCAGCUGACAAACUUGUUUCAUGGUGGUCACGUUGUGAAUUUAGUUGAAAUCUACUGUUACAUUUGUUUCUUCUUCUUCUUUUUUUUAAAAAAAAAACAGGUUGAAAGUCAAAGUCAAACAAAACAUGGAAUCAUGUUGUCGAAGUCUCCCGUCUCUAUGGCAUGCCCCACUAAUAAAGGGCCCCUUUAUUUC